AUGCCAAAACAUCGAUUACCAGCUACAUCAGAAUAUCGUAUUUUAGUCGUAGGUGAAACGUGUGUUGGAAAAUCAUCGUUUAUUACUCGCUACGUUCGAAAUGAAUUUCCUUCUCAUCGACGGGCAAAUGACGAAUCAACAACUCGUUAUCAAACAAUUAUCGAUGGAUACGAUUACACAUUACUCUUUCGCGAGAUCACCACCACGUAUGAACUCGAUAAAUUGACGUUGUCCGACGCAAUUCCAACGGCUUGUUUAAUUCUAUUCUCAAUUACUGACGAAGAAAGUUUUUUGAACCUCAAAUUUUUCUAUGAAACUAUUCGUUUGAAACUUUCGUAUCAAUCGAAACAUUUGCCAAUUCUAAUCGUUGCGAACAAAAUCGAUCUCGAACACGAACGUGCCGUCAGUCAAGCCGCGAUCGAUCAAUUCAAAUCGACUGGCAUCGAUGUAUAUGAGAUCAGUGUGAAGGGAAAUGUUGGUAUUGGUGAUGUUGUCUGUGGUGCUAUAAAACAUUUGCAGUAUGAUAAUUUAGAAAAAAUCAAACCACCCAAUGCAUGUGCUUGUAUAAUAACGUAA